AUGGUCAAGUUUCCCCUGUCUCGUGUCCUGGUGCUGGCCAGUUUUACUAGCAACUCCAUAGCAGGAACUGUCAGCUUGCCCUCAUAUCCACUGGCCGUGAAGAGUCCCUAUUUGUCGACAUGGGUCCCUGGAAAUCAGACAGCAGACGCUGCAACUGCGCAGCCCGAAUUCUGGGCCGGGCAGAAGCUGACCUGGCCAAUUCUUGCGCGUGUAGGUGGAACAACGUAUAGCCUCUUUAGCUUGCCAGGCGGGAUUUCUGGAGUGAGUGCUGCAAAGACCACCGGGGUUGAAUAUACAUCGACGCAUACAGUAAUCAGUUUAAUUGCUGGACCAGUCACUGUUACUCUGGAUUUCUUCUCUCCGGUGCUCCCAGGGCCAUUAGACUAUGCAAAACAGUCCCUUCCAUAUUCGUACCUAACGGUGUCAGCGAUUGCCGACGAAUUCACUUCGAUUCAGAUCCUUAGUGGAAUCGACCACACUUGGACAGCCCAAGGUGGUGCAUCUGCACUCAACUACACCGAAUCUGGGUCAGCUGGCUUUUUUUGGUUUUAUAACCCCGAUCAAUAUUACUACUCCGAGGACAAUGACAUGGCCACCUAUGGAUCUAUACUAUACGGAGCUAGUACAGGUAAUGGUCUAACAUAUGCCUGCGACACGGAGGACAAUAUCUACAGUGCUUUUACAAGUGAUGGGAAGCUUGCAAACAUUGCCACAUGUCAAGGAACUGAUCUAGCCGCAUUGUCGCAGGACUUGGGCACCGUCAUCUUGGGAGAAGUAACAUUCGCUGUGGGAUUUCAGCGUGACCUUGCCAUAAAUUAUCUGAAUGAAGCGCAGACUGGAUAUCAUCGCUCAAAAUGGUGGCUUAUUCCUGACGCUAUCGAAUAUUUCCUUGGUGACUACGCCAGUGCGCUCGCCGAGUCGGUACUCUUUGACACAGCUGUGAGAGUUAGGUCUGAAGCCGUCUCACUGGAAUGGGGAAGCCAGUAUGCAGAUAUAGUAGAAGCAAGUGUCCGACAGACAUACGGUGCAUUUGAAAUAACAGUACCAAAUGACGACGUGGGCGCCGAGCCACAGGUCUUUUUGAAGGAAAUCUCCAGCGAUGGAAAUGUUCAAACCAUCGAUGUCAUAUUCCAGUCGUGGUCGAUCUUUGCCAGUCUCAACCCUGAAUGGCUAAAGCUGCUUUUGAAGCCGGUUCUAUCGUAUUUGGAAACCGGGGCAUGGCCUCAUGCUUGGGUAAUUCACGACAUAGGAACGCACUACCCAAACGCAACUGGUCAUGCCAAUGGCGUCGCUGAGGAAAUGCCGCUAUUUGAGACUUCCACUGUAUUCAUUUUGUUGUACGCGUAUCAACAUUACACGAAUGACGCAUCUUUUGCGGCAGAGUACACCACGCUCUUGACAAGAUAUGCCAACUACCUCGCCGAAAACUCUCUCUAUCCUGCAAGCCAACUGAUAAGUGUUGAUGCCAUCGCUGCACAACCUAACCAGACUGGCUUGGCAAUUCAGUCUGCCAUCGGCCUUAAGGCAGCGAGCAUAGUCCUGGACAACUCAUCAUAUUCAGACAUAGCCGCAUCGAUCGCGAAGACCGUGUAUGAAGAUGCCCUUGGCCUUGACGGCGCCACACUUGCAGAAAGCACCCACUUCACUUACUACUAUGGGCAGGAUGACACGUGGAAUGUACUUUUCCCAGCGUAUUCCGACGUAUUACUGGGACUUGAAACAUUCAAUCCUUCUGCGUGGGAUCUGCAAUCAUCCUGGUAUCAACAACAGAUGCAAGAAGGCGGGUUGCCAUUUGCAGGCCCUGUCACCGAUACCUCUUAUACAGGGUCGGGCAUAACCUGGGGACUUGCUGAUUGGAAUCUCCUUAUUGCGGCCGUCGUUUCAGAAGAAGUUCAGGCACAGAUCAUCAACACAACCCACACUUUUCUCACCAACAGGCUCAAUACAAUUCCAUUCGGCACCAAGUACUACGUUGAAGGCGACGAGAUUGGAGUCUGGGGUUAUUGGGGGUUCGCUUACUAA